UUCGAGCGCAUUUUGUUCUGUCUGCACCGGCCGCCAUACUCAAACAAAAAGAUUGAGAUGAAAAGUUAAAUUGAUAUUCAUCAAAACUUGUUGCAAGUGUUUUAAUUUACUAAAUGAGUUCUAAAUCUGAUGUUAAUAGGAGAGUACUCGCCAUUCAGGCGAAAAAGAAGAGGCACAAACUGGGAAAGAAGAAAAAUCGUGAGGAUGAUCACGGCGCUGGUGGACAAGGAAACGGGCUGCGCAAUCAGAAUCAAAAUCGUCUGGAGCCGACACACAGUUCUUCCAAUGAGACCAUCGAAGAAGAUGAAGAUGAUCAGUACGCCAGCGACGACGAGGAACAAGAGGACAGCUCGGACUAUUGCAAGGGUGGGUACCAUCCUGUCAAAAUCGGGGAUCUCUUCCUGAACCGCUACCACGUCACUAGGAAGUUGGGAUGGGGUCAUUUUUCGACAGUGUGGCUGUGCUGGGACCUUGUCGACAAGCGAUUCGUCGCCCUGAAGGUUGUAAAAUCCGCACCUCAUUUUACUGAAACUGCUUUAGAUGAAAUUAAAAUAUUGAAAGCUGUCCGCGACAGCGAUCCUACCGAUCCGAAGAGGAAUAAAACGGUUCAAUUACUGAAUGAUUUUAAAAUCACUGGUGUCAAUGGGACCCAUGUGUGCAUGGUGUUUGAAGUUUUAGGACAUCAUCUAUUAAAACUAAUCCUCAAGUCAAACUAUAGAGGAAUUCCUCGCGAGAACGUCAAAACUAUAAUCAGGCAGGUCUUGGAGGGUCUUGAUUAUUUGCAUACAAAGUGUAAAAUAAUUCAUACUGAUAUAAAACCUGAGAAUGUUUUAGUGUGCGUUGACAAAGCUUACAUCCGUAAAUUAGCAGCAGAAGCUACAGAACUGCAUUCCCUCGGCCUUAAAUUACCACAUUCCCUUAUUAGUACUGCACCAAAAGAGUUUCAGGAGCAAGUAGUGACUGGUAAAAUGAGUCGGAACAAAAAGAAAAAGCUCAAGAAAAAAGCUAAGAGACAGUCCAUGCUGCUUAAGAAACAAAUGGAACAAAUAGAGGAGAUGGAAGAACAAAAGAAGCAAGGUAAUAACAGCGAGUCGGCACCCAUGUCACAAGAUAAUGAUGAUUCCCCACCUACGCCUGAAGAAGUGAGCACAAUAGACACCAUCAGGUCUGAGAAUGAUAACAAUAUCAAUGGUUGUAGUGACCUACAGGGGCCAGAUGAUGAAGCUUUUGAUACUGAUGCUGAAGCUGUUCAAGUACGAAUGAAGCAGUAUGAUUGUGGUGACGACACCGGUACUCCCAUGUCUGAAGGGGAGAUGACGGACACCCCUCCUUCCUUUGACUCCCAGAAUAAGGGGAAGUUUAACGAGAAGAAACCUGAUCCCGCCUUUGAUAUUUGUGAUGUGGAAGUGAAGAUUGCUGAUUUGGGCAAUGCAUGCUGGGUUCACCAACAUUUUACUGAAGAUAUUCAGACGAGGCAAUAUAGGUCACUGGAAGUGUUGCUCAGUGCUGGUUAUGGGACCUCGGCCGAUAUAUGGAGUACUGCAUGCAUGGCUUUCGAAUUAGCGACAGGUGAUUACCUCUUUGAACCUCACUCUGGAGACGGUUACAGCAGAGACGAAGACCACUUAGCUCAUAUUAUUGAACUACUGGGAGACAUACCCAAGAGGAUUGCGGCCUCAGGAAAGUAUUCAAAGGUGUUUUUUAACAAGAAAGGUGAACUAAAAAAUAUAACAGGUCUGAAACCAUGGGGCCUAGUGUCCGUACUUACCGAGAAGUAUGAGUGGAGUCAAAAAGAGGCAGAGGAGUUUGCCGAUUUCUUAAAACCUAUGUUGGACUUUGAUCCCAAUCGGCGAGCUACUGCCUAUGAGUGCCUUCAGCAUCCCUGGUUGAAGCCAUCAAAAGCUGAACGAAAUGAGCCUGAAGAAUGAUUGUAAUUGCUCUCUGUGUGUACACAUUCACCAAUACUAGUAUCCAUGGUUAUUUAAAAAUUUUAUGUUUAAUCAGAGAACAAAGAGUAUUUAUGUUUGUUUGUGAAUAGUCCAAUUGUAUAAUUACAAUCAAACUUACUUGCAUUUUGGGCGAUUUUAACCAAAAUAAAAUAAGUGAUAUUGUAUCCAAAUCACAUAACAGGCAUAAUAAAAUAUAUUUUAUGCUGUAAACUCCAAGUUGCAAUUAAGUUUAGAUAUAAUAAAUUAGAUUGUUUCGCUAAACAUAACUUCAAAAUUUCAAUAUAUAUUAUGCUGCUAGGAAUGAUGAGUUAAUAUAAUAGUGAUUCAUAUUCCACAGUAGGAUGUAUGUAAUAUGUCUGCUGUCGGUCGAGUAGCAUCAUGAAUUGGCAUACUGAAAUAACAAUUUUCAGAAACUGUACAGAUAGCUGUAGAAAAAAUUGUGAUGUAUAAGGACUAGACAAUAUAGGUUUGUCACAUAAUAUAUAGAGAAUGCAUAGUUGACUUUGUAUUGCACGAAACACCUAGAAUGUGAGGAACCUAAUCAAAUGUGCAUGCAUACUGUAGCCAGUCGGGUAGAAUGUUCACAUAGUUAAGUUUGUUUUUAUCACUAUCACAACAAAAAUCUCAUAUGUAAACUUUAGGUGUAAGACAGUAUUUGUAAUGCCACAAUUCUGAGACUGCCUUUUUAUAUUUGAGUGAAUCAAAAUUUGAACAUGGAUGAUACUUAACCUGCGACUUGCUAGGCAGCGUGAAUGAUACAAACCCAGUUAUAGCUAUAUUAUUUACCAUAGAUCCCAAUUUACAUGACCAUAAUUUGUAUUAAUUAUAUCUGCAAAUUUACAUAAUAAAAUAAAAACCGAGCUUGUUAUCA